CCUCCCAACAUCUAAGCGUAUGCAUGCUGCACAUCUGACGAGAUGCAUAACCUUGAAUAAUGCGGAAAAGCAAGUCUGAACAGCCUCUGGACUCUACUUCCUUGUGUGAGGUUUGCAGCAAACCCUCCUCUGAGCACGCAGUUCGGGGAAGGUGGCCGUCAUUUGGCUCCAGACUUCGACAGGACGCGCCUCGCAGGCCACACUGAAGGCUGCUGGUUUGGUUUGUGGCUGGGCCACAGCAAAAGAGAGAGGAAGAAUGGACCUUCGCUUGAAAACUUUAUGAGGAGGUUUGAUUUUUCUGCAGUCGGAGGAAGACCUCGCCUGCGCUGAGGGCGCAUACCUGUGCAGACUUGCCCGUUACAGGUAGCACUCAAGUGGGGGAGUCAAGCCUGAGGAGACACACCUUUUACCUUUUCCGGCUUACCUUUGCCCCCACCCUCUACCUCUCCCUCUCUCUCUCUCUCUCUCGGAAAGCGGAGGAAAACCCGAUCUGAACACUGAAAUGUCGGCAAAUGAGAGAGCAACCCGAGCACUGAGGGAGAUCCUUCAGAAGCCUGGAAAUGACGCUUGCGCAGACUGCGGCGCGCCGGAUCCCGGGUGGGGCUCCUGCUCCCUGGGGGUCUUCAUCUGCCUGGCCUGCUCUGGCAUCCACCGCAACAUGGCCAACAUCAACAAGGUCAAGUCCCUGAGCCUGUCCCACUGGGAGGACCAUGAGGUGCAGUUUAUGGCUGAGAAUGGAAACGAGCUGAUGAAGAGUAAAUACGAGGCUGCUGUUCCAGUCUACUACUACAAACCAACCCACAAGGAUUGCCAGGUGUUGAGGGAGCAGUGGAUCAGAGCAAAGUACGAGAGGCAGGAGUUCUGUGAGCCUGGAAACUUUACAUAUGAGGAAGGAGUUAGAGAUGGCCUGUUGAUGAAGAGGGGGCGGGACAAUGGGCAGUUCCUCAGCAGACGAUUUGUCCUCUCAGAGAGGGAGGGGACUCUGAAGUAUUUCACCAAAUAUGACGCUAAGGAGCCCAAAGCAGUAAUCAAAGUGGACACCAUCAAUGCGACUUUCCAGCCUGAGAAGAUCGGAAACCCCAACGGACUGCAGAUCACCUACCUCAAAGACUACAGCACCCGCAACAUCUUUGUCUACCAUGACAACGGAAAGGAAAUCGUAGACUGGUUUAAUUCAAUUCGUGCAAUUCAGCUUCACUAUCUAAAGGUGGCCUUUCCUGGGGCGACGGAUCCUGAGCUGGUGCCCAAACUUACCCGGAACUUUCUGAAAGAAGGAUACAUGGAAAAGACAGGUCCCAGGCAAACAGAAGGCUUCAAGAAACGCUGGUUCACUCUGGACCACAGGCGGCUCAUGUACUUCAAAGACCCGCUGGACGCCUUUGCCAAAGGUGAGGUGUUCUUGGGGAGCAAGGACCACGGUUACAGCGUCAGCCCCGGCUUGCCUGCUGGCACCCACUGCAACGGCGCCUGGCAACAUGGCAUCACCAUAGAAACACCUGACCGCUGCUUCCUUUUCACUUGUGAGACAGAGAGCGACCAGCAAGAUUGGGUGAAACACUUCAGUAAUGUGAUGAGUGCUCAGAUGUCCCCUCAGGAGUACACAAUGGAAGCCUUGUUCAAGCACAGGCACUGAUGGACCAGAGGCCCAGGAGACCAUCUCCUCUUCUCUCAGCCCAGACCACAUCACCAGCCUGACGCCUUAUCCAUCAGCAGCAGUUCUGCCUCUGACUUUAGUGAUUUUGGGUCUAAUGGUUGCAAAAUCCUCUUCACUAAUAUGGUCACACUUGUCCCAAAGGUGCUUGUUGGGGGUUAAAAAUACAAAAAUGAGGACCAAGGCAAUAUUAAUUGGCAAAUAAAAAAUGAUGCUAUAAAUCUGAAACUGUGUUGUAUUUGCUCUGCAGAGAGAUCAGUUGUCGGUCAUACAGCCUGUGCUGUAGCGCUGCAUAUUUCUUCUUAGAUUUUAUGCAGAACGUGUUUAAAUUUCGUGAUGGCGCUCUUUUCUCGGCACGUUCAGAUUUGGUCCUGUUGCCCAGGCUUUGGUAAAUCAUUUCCUAUGUGCCAGUUGAUUUCAUCCUUUCUGUUUAUCAAGGUAAAAAUAAUAUGAUCUAAUAUUUUAGUUUUAUCAGAUAUUCAAUUUGAGAUUUAUUAAAAAGUUGUUUUUUAAGGGAUGAAGCGUCUUGGUCCUCUCAUUAUAAGUAUUUUAUAUCCAAAUGUGAUGAGGUGAUUUGGUAAUAAGAAGGCACUGGGAGUCACAUGCCAAGCUUUACCAAGCUGGUACACAACACAACAAACAACAAACUCUUUAGCUUUUUUUUUUUCUUUAAUUACAAGCAAAGGUAUCCUUUGGCUGUUCUAUGUACUCCCACAACUUAAACCUUUCUGAUUAAGCACCAGUACUGCAGGCCAGUUCAUGAGCUGCAGCUGCAUCAUGUUGGUUAUUGUUUAUUUCAGUCCAAAAGCAAGUAAAAAACAUCUAAACAUCUUUAGACACACUACCUGUACAGUUUAUAUCAGGAACUCAACAUGACUUUUAUAAUUUUGUAUUUUCUUUUUAGACUUGAGAUUUUGUAAGUAGUUUUCUUGAGUACUUCUGUCAAACAGAUGAUUGACAGACAAUAAAGGAGAUUUGGGAAAGUAUUCAGAUGGAAAAACUCGAAAUACUGCAGACUAUUUACCUUGUUUAACAGUGCCCCCAAGUGGCACACAGUAUAUACCAUAUCUUUGUUGAAAUAAACAAUAAUCUCAAUAGUAAGUUAUUUUUUACCUCCCUUUAUAGAUCAAGAGCUAAUUGAUGAUAAUAAUACUAAUAAUUAACCUUUUAUUGGUAUUUUUUGUUUUCCUUUUCUUUUUUUUUUUGGUUGAAAUUGUAAUCACGUUACAUAUUGAUUUGGUGUAGUAAAGUUACUUCAAUGCUUGACCAUAGCUGACUGACUUAUGAAAUUAUUGAAAUAAAAAUAUUUCCCCUGGUAUUUGUCAUGGGAUCAUUUUACACACUUGUGUGUGAAUUCAGUAGUAGCAAAUCAGUUUAAAAAUAUGUUAGAAAAUCAGUUUAAAUAUCAAUGUACUGCCAACUUCUAAUUAAUAAAGCGGCAAAAACUGUGGCCAAACUGUU